AUGAGUAUCAGAAUUACUGACAAGCCACAGCCAGGAGUAGCGUGUGACAUUCCAAGUCAUUCGUACCAAUUUACAUUCGAGCCGAAUACACAGUGGUCCAAAUUUUUCUCAGGGGGUGAGGAAAUCUUACAAUACGUGAGAGGUGUGGCCGAUAAGUAUGGGAUAACCAACAAGGUAGAGUUUCAGACUCGUGUAGCUGGGGCAGAAUGGAAUGAAGAAGAGGGAGAAUGGGUCGUCAAAGUUGUCAAAGGCGCUCAGAGCGAGAGGAGGGUUUUUGAUGUUGUAGUAAAUGCGACAGGAUGUUUGAACAAUUGUAAGUGGCCAGAUAUUGAGGGCUUGCAGGACUUCGAGGACUCAUACUCUCCAGAAGAGCUCAAACAAUCCCACGAGGAUCAAGCUCAUUAUUGGAGAUAUCGCAAGGAAAUUGAGCGUUCAGUAAAUUUGGACCAUGCAUGUCUCUUUCCAAACACACCAUCCGCUUUAAUCACCAAGGAGCGUAUUGUCGAGAACAUGAAACGAAAGCUUGCUAAGAAACCAGAGCUGUACGGCCUUCUAGUUCCAGGGUUCGUCCAGGAUGCCGGAGACUCACGCCCGGACGCCAUUAUAACAGAAGAUGGGAAAUCUCGACCUGUUGACGGUAUAGUAUAUGCGACUGGGUUUGAAACCUCCUUUAUUCCACGCUUCCCUGUCUUUGGUCAAAAUGGUACUACCCUCGCCAAUCAAUGGAAAAAAUACUCUUCUGCCUAUCUAUCCUUGGCACAACCAAACUUUCCCAACUACUUUACCGUUGGUGGACCCAAUUCAGCCACCAGCGGCGGUUCUCUGUUGAUUAUCUUUGAAAGUGUCAUAGGAUACAUCGUCAAAGCAGUACAAAAGAUCGCCCGAGAGCACAUCAAAUGCAUGGUCGUGAAACAGCAUUCGCUGAACGAAUGGGAAGAAUAUGUGGAUGCAUAUUUUCCCGGGACGGUUCAUAUUGAAGAAUGCCCGAGUUGGUAUAAAGCGGGGGAAACGAAUCACAGAGUUGUGGGACUGUGGCCAGGGAGUAGUCUGCAUGCUAGAAAGACACUGGAGACUCCGAGAUGGGAGGAUUUCGA